CUCUGCGCUAACCGUGCAGAAAGCGGAGCGUGAAUCAUGGGAGACGUACUUGUACCCCUCGUCGCCCUCCCCGGAAGCAGCGGCCGAGCACCUCCCCUCACCGCACAAACCGACUCGGCUGCCUUCGUUCCGUUGGCACACACUGUCUUCUGUAUUCAAGUCAAGAGGAAUAGUAUUUGUACAAGUACACAAGGAGCGAUUCAAACGACCAAAGAAGUCUUUUGCAGGGAGGGAAAUGUAGCGCAAGCAUUGCACAUCUCUACACUUCACAAAGCAAAAGAAAAAAAGGGAGCAGAACAGCAAGAGGUUUGCAAAAGUGUGGGGGGUUGCAAGGUACGGGAUGAAUGUGCAGAGUGAGAAAAACAAGGAAGAAGAGGUGUAGCAAAGGAAAAAGGUUCAAAGAGGGAGGGAC